AGCGAGGCGAGCCGCGUGGAGGCGGAGGUGCGCGCGUGGGCGGAGCAGUACCGGCGCGCGGCGGAGGCGCACGGUCGCGCGCUGGCCGCGGCAGCUGCUCGUGCACGUGCCCGCCAGCGACAGCGCGUCGAGCGCGCACAUCAAGACCUGCAGCAGCGCGCGCAACACGCACAGCAUGCCGUACGCUUCACUGAAGAGCUGCUGUCGGGAGGGCGGGCGGAGGAGGUGCUGUCGCUGAGCGGUCCCGCACUGCGCCGGCUGCAGCGGCUGACGGAGCUGCCGGCCGAGGCGCCGCCGCGUCUCGUGCUGCGCCUGGACCCCGCCGCGCGGCUCGGCCCCGACUCCGUGCUGUGCGGCCGGCUGCUCACACAGGCGCCGGACCCUGACACCAGUAUACUGCACACUGAAGGUCUACAAGACCUGCACGUGGACUGCGAGCACGAGGCCAUCGUGGAGCUGCGCGACAGCAACGGGGAGAGGAUUUGGUGCGGAGGGGAACAGGUGGUGGGCUACUUGCGGCGGCGGGACUCCAGUGAGCGGCCGACAUGUGCGCGCGCAGCAGACCGGCACGACGGCUCGUACGCGCUGCGCCUCUCACCGCGCGCGCCCGGCGCAUACCUCCUCGCUGUCACGCUCAAUGACACGCCCAUCAAAGGCAGUCCGUUCGCAUGCUGCGCGCGCGUGUUCAAGUCGCACGCUGGUCAGUUCCACUGCUGCACCUUCUGCUCG